UUUGUUGUUGUUUGGCUGCGCUCAGUUGUAGAACGUUUCGAAGUUUUGGUCCGCACUUCCGGGUUUGAAGACAACACAGACCUUGCACAAUGUUGCUCUGUAGAAGACUGUAUGUUUUACUAUUCACAGCGAUAUUCUCGGCAUUUUUAAGAGUUAAGUGCCACGAGCAGCAUGGAACCUCCACCGACGACUCAGUAGAAUUCCAUGAAAGUCACGCAGACGAAGAAAUUCACCAGAUGAAACACCUGUUUGACAGGUUAGACAUGGAUGAAGAAGGCAUCAGGCACAUCAAAGACCACCUGAGCAAAAUUAUCAAACUUCCAGAAGGAAUAGAUGACAUUGAUGAUGGGCAAGCAAUGUUUUACCUGUUCCAGCUGCACGAUUUCGACAGGAACAACAAGCUGGACGGUCUGGAGUGGCUCUGGCUGCUGACCGACUUUGCGGACACCGUGCCGGUCAGCGAGUCCGGCCAGACCGGGGGGACCAUGCAUCUUAGAGAGGCGGAGGUUUUGGUGGACAAGCUGCUGAAUAACCAUGACCUGAACCGAGACGGCUACGUGGACUUUGCAGAAAUGUCUGCCAUAGAUAAAGGAGGGGAAGGUGUUUGGACAAAGGUGGGAAAAAUAGACCCUGAAACUUUGUAAAACACUACAACUACUAGUACUUAUAGUUUAAAUCUGCGAUGGGCACAUGUUGAGUGUGUUGUGGACAGAAAAGCAACACUUUGCAGUGCCAUGGUUUCAUAGUGGAGAGGUCACUGUGAAAACCAAUAAAACAUUGCAGAUGACCUCUACCAGGCUUCAGUGGUGGCUGGAAAGAGUAGAAAUUGGCCAAAUAGAGAGAUAGCAUGCCUGGGGAGUUGGUCCACUAGAGA